AUUACGUAAUAAUAAAUAUUUAAUAGCUAAUAUUCGAAUACACUGAAUUAAUUGAAUCGGGUAACUGCAACUACGAUACAUUUAAAGCUAACUCAUAAUCAAUCGAUCAGUGCCUGAAUAGAAACUGAUAAAAUUAUUAGUCUAGUCGGCUAGAUGAACGAACAGGAUUUAUACUUCAAGUUAUCGACACUUUUAUACGGAAUUGAAGGUCGAACAUAUACGAGUGUGGUCGACAUAUAAUUUUUAUUACCAUCUCUAUUGCCUCUUUAAAAGUCAACGAACGUACACUCGUACACCUUUUAUGGUUUUGCUACAAACCUUAUAAUACCCUUAUAUCCUACGAUUGCGAACUCCUCCGUUUCAAAGCGUUCAUCGAAGGUCGAAUGGUUCCAGAUAAAAUGAAUGGAUGUCGACAAUUACUAAGAAAAGUUAUGAAACAUAAAGCAGAAAGAGGAAAUUUUACAGCGAGUGUAAAUUAUCGAGAGCCUAAAGGACGCGUUAUUCGUUAAACACGUUGUAAAGAUGAUAAAUUUCUUGCUUCUUGGGUGAAACAAGCAGCUUCGUUUGGAUCUUUAAUUUUGUUGCAAGGUAUAAUACAAAGUUUCACUCAAACUUGUAGGUUUUCCGUUACACGUGUGAAAAUAUAUCAGAUUCAUUGUAUAUCUGGCAAUGAACCUGUCAUAGAAAGAGAAAGGCGUCCAUCUACAUGAUUUACCAGAUCCAGUUUCGUACCUGAUCUGGAAGACGUACAAAACCAGGAGCAGUGGAAAAGAUGCGAGUUACAGCUUUUCUCCCGCUUCCUAACUAUAUAAGAAAGUUGAUGGCAGUGAUCGACCGCAGACUAUCUUUGCGCGUGGUUAUACUUACAAUUUCUUUCUCGCACUCCGAAACGUGCAAAAAGAUCAAAUGAAGAAACUGAUCGUAUUCGUGUCGAUGGUUGUGGUUGUCGCUGCGUAUAAGAAAGGAAGAAGAUACAGUGCCUUGGAAGAGUUUCCGCCUUAUCAAGAGACUGCUUGGCAUUCAUCUUCUUCUCACGGGCAACAUCAUUCAUUUCGAGAGCCAUCGUUUAGAACGCAAUACUACCAAUCUUACCGACAUCGACCCUAUAGACAGGAUUUGGAUUCUUUUCCGGAGCAACUGUCUCUCAAGAACCGAUUGUUGUUGCGAGAUUACGAAUUACUGAGAAAUCGACUAUUUUACGACAACAGUUCAUCGUUUAAAAAUGCUCCGGACUUCCAUAGACAAUCUUCGGUCUUUACGAAUGGAACACCGUUUAGGAAUCAACGAAACAAAGAUCAGACGGUUUCUGGAAAUGAACAGCGACCUGAAUAUCAAGACGAUCGAUAUUCCUCUUACCGGCAAUCUUUCCGCGAUGAUUUUCGAUUUGCGGACCUUUACGAUAAACCAAUUGACUUUUACAAAGGACAAUCAGAACAGCAACAGGUCGAUUCAGUUGGUAGAGAUUCGGAGUAUUUGAAGCAUGGUAACCAUGGUCUUGGAUAUGUGUCUGUGCCACCCAUUUUGCCGUAUGGAAACGCUCUGCCAUUGAGCGAGGAAGCAUCCACGACGAUGACACCCUCAAUGGCUCCGACAACCACCCACAAACCAUGGCAACUGUCUACUGUCUCCUCCGCAACUUCAGCUACCACCCAAGUUCAUACAUCUACAACUUCCGAGUUGAAAAUGGAUUCGCACUCGAAUACGGCGACAAUGCCAACCGUGAAAUCCGAUACGCUGGCUGACGCUGCUACCACGGGCGUAUCCGCUUCAACGAUUUCUACGAUACCAGCCUCUAUGGUUACCACGAAACAGUCUUCGAACUUGGCUCGUUUACCGACCACUGAAGCUAGCUUACCUGUCAUGGACACGGAAUCUCCAAUCAUAUCUUUCGGACGACAAACCGUACCUCCAAUUGUAUUUCAACCUACUACGUUCACUUCAUCCACGCCCUAUUAUCUCUCCAAUGAGUUAAAGGACAAGUUCCAGCAGUCCAUGCUGGAUUAUCUGCUAUCACAACAGGCGAAAGAUGGUAUCAAAAGCAACGUGCAAAUUCUGCCGCUGAACCAAGCGCUUCCAGAUACGUCGAACAACAGCCUAAACAACAAGAUCCCUAGCAUGGUAUUGAAUUACAUACUUCCAGAAGAAUCAAAGGGCGUUCUGAAGAACAAUUUGCAGAGUUCUCUGUUGAGCUAUCUGCUGCAGCAGGAAUCGAACCACGGUCUACCUUUCCAACAAUCAUCUAUAUCGGGAACUGCGAACCAUGUUCCAUUAACCACGAUAGUCGAGAGGCCAACGAUGACACUCCCAAGUAUACCGAUUGCAACUUUGUCAGCGGUUUCUCGGCCAAUGCAGACGAUAAACUACAUUCCAAUAACGCCGCCAAGAGUGUCUGCUUUCGUGCCUCAAGAUUCGUCCACAUCUUCUGGCCUCUCGUUAGGUACACCUCUGUCUUCUGGCUUGUCCUCGAACAUAUUGAGUAAUCAUAUCGGCAGCACAUUCAACAGUCUACCUGGUGGAAUAAACACCGAUAUAUCGACAGGAAUACACAACAGCCUCUCAUCGGACGUUCCCACUGGUGUAUCAACUUUGAACUUUGGCGAAAAUUUCCAAUAUGGAGGUCAGUUGCGACCGUUUGAACCGGCGAGGACUCACUCAUAUUCCACAGGGUUGCAGUUGCAAUUAGGCGGCUUCGGAGGGAUAGAUUACACCUUGCGUUCAACUAGUCCUACUUUACGUUCCACGAAUCUCGACAUUGGAAAAUUGGGAUUAAGUUUGCCAGAAUUGCCGCGAUAUCAACUUCCUGCUUUCUCCAAGGUAAAAUUGGGUCAACGCUUGUGGUGAACGUAGAAGCUAACUGGACCAAUCGGUACAAAACCACGUGUUUAUUUAUAGCGUUACAAAAUAUUCUAGCAAGUUGCCAAAGUUUAAGAAACUCUAGGUUACGUCGAGAAAUAUUUCAUAGUGUUAUACCGUAAAUAUUAUCUCUAUAUAAUUUAAUUAACUAUUAUAAUAGAAAUAAAUAUUUGUUAAUAGAAA